UUGAUUCAAACUGAUGACGUCGAGGAUUCCACGUUGGCCCGGACGUGGCACUCGGCAAUAGCUAGUCCUGUGUGGAAAUUAUAGUAACCGGAUCAGUGUAAAACUAUCACACGUCGCGCCUACCGUGGCUAAUAUUAGUACUUCUUUCAUAGAUUGAAACAUCAACGGCCAGUUAUGGGGCUCACCAUCUCGUCAAUCUUUGAACGGAUUUUUGGCAAAAAGCAAAUGAGGAUUUUGAUGGUUGGGCUGGAUGCUGCCGGAAAAACAACUAUCUUGUACAAAUUGAAGCUUGGUGAAAUUGUGACCACCAUCCCAACCAUUGGUUUCAACGUGGAGACAGUAGAAUAUAAAAAUAUCAGCUUCACCGUAUGGGAUGUUGGUGGCCAGGACAAGAUCAGACCCCUCUGGAGACAUUACUUCCAGAAUACACAGGGCCUCAUCUUUGUGGUGGACAGCAAUGACAGAGAAAGAGUAGCAGAGUCUGCAGAGGAGCUCACGAAGAUGUUGACGGAGGACGAGUUGAAAGAUGCCGUUUUGCUGGUGUUUGCUAACAAACAGGACCUUCCCAACGCCUUAACAGUCAGCGAACUCACAGACAAACUCGGCCUACACGCCCUCCGCAACAAAACUUGGCACAUUCAGUCAACCUGCGCCACCCAGGGCAGUGGGCUGUAUGAAGGACUUGACUGGCUAUCCAAAGAGUUGUCCAAGAACUGAAGAAGCAUCGCUGGGCAGAUGAGAGAGAGCCUGAACACCACACCACAGGACAGGAGAGAAGGCACAGACAUUCAGUCCAGAAACAUUUGGUCUUCCAGCACCAAUGUUCACAAAAAGGACAACGCUGGUGGACAAUAUAUAAUCAUCUUUGGGAAAUUUUAAUAUUACAUAUUUCUUUCUUUUAUUAUCAAUAAUAUUACCAUAUUAUCUCUUGGUAUAGUCUCUAUUCCUCUCCUUUUGUUCCCAAACUCUUAAUAUGGCAACACAUAAUUACAAAUUCAGUUGCAUGAUGAGCAAAUGCCAAAUUAGAGAAAUGGCACAAAAACAAUUAAUAAAGGGAGUUCUUCAAUUUAACACUUUGGCUCCUGUGUAGGCAACAUUUUCGGUAAUUGACCACUUGUAUAAUUGUUUGACUUACUCACAACGUUUAGGCUGCCUCAGGCUUUUCAUCUCCACAACCCAUCGUGGAUAUUUGACUCCCUCCCAGACCUGACCCUUGUCUCUUCACUGCUAUGUCUCAUGCAAACUCAUUUCUGUAAAGGCCUGUUGAAUGAGGAUUGCAGCGAUUUCACAGAUAGAUCUUGUUAGUAGUGUGGAACCACAUGGCCUGCCAGUAAAUGGAUCCAAAAAUGAACAUUGUGCCUUCUGGUCCCUCUUAACACAAGUCUGAGUAAUCCUUUCCUUAUCUCAUUCUGAGGCCAUGCUCCCUCAUAAGAUGCUUUUGUGACUUCUUUUUUUGCUUCUGAAAUACUAGACUAAAUAAUGCAACCAGACAUUUCUUUUGUUCUACAAUGUAUACCGAGGUGCAGCCGAACCAUACCAGUGAGUGUAGGUUGCGUCUUUCCAACUUGACUUCACUAUUAACCAAGAUUUCAUCCUCUUUACCCCUUUAACUUACUUUCUUAAUAGCCACCAUGAAAAA